AUGAAUACAGUUGUUUGGAACAUGAGAGGUCUUAAUGACCCAUCCAAACAAGUUCAGGUAGCUAAAAGAAUAAGGUCUCUAAAUGUAGAUAUUGCUUGUUUCCUAGAGACGAGGGUUAAAUCCCCUAAUUUUGAUAGGAUCUUGAAGAAGCAUUUUAUGGGCUGGCAGAGUUUAAACAACUAUAGUCAUGCCAUUAAUGGCUGUAUAUGGAUUUUAUGGAAAUCUGAUAUUCCUUUAAAUCAUGUUGAUACUUCUGAACAACAUAUUACUAUGAAAGUUACUCUUUAUCAGAAGGUUUUCUAUCUCACUGCUGCUUACUGUGAUAACAGAGGUAUUUCUAGGAGAAGGCUCUGGAUGCAGCUUAGAAAUUUGGCUCAAGACAUUGAUAGCUCCUCAUGGAUUCUUGCCGGUAACUUCAACUGUUUUUGCAAGCUUGAUGAAAGUUCUGAUUUUUCAGGUAAUGCAUCAGAUAUUGCUGAAUUUAAUGAAUGUUUGAAUGAUAUUGCUGUUUUUGAUCAUUCUUUUACUGGUCCUCUAUUCACUUGGAGUAAGAAUAUUGAUGAGCAUCCUCUUGCACGGAAGUUAGAUAGAGUUCUCAUAAAUUCUGAUUGGCUGCUUCAUUUUGGUAAUUCAAUGGUUGAGUUUUUACUGCCAGAGAUUUCUGAUCACUGCCUCAUGAAUAUUAUAACUGAUGUGAAGAUAUUCUCCCCUCCUAAACCCUUUAAGUUCUUCAAUUUUUGGACAAAACAUGAUGAUUUUUUGCCCUUGGUGAAUAGAGUUUGGCAAGAGCCUGUUUUCGGAAAUCCUAUGUCUAGGCUUUUUAAUAAGCUUAAGAACCUAAAACCCCAUCUGACGAAUUUUAAUAGAGAACACUUUGGUAACCUGCCUCAAAAAGUUGUUGAGAAAAAGGCUGAAAUUGUUGUAUUACAAAGGAACCUGCUUACCUCCCCUGACACUAAUUUAGUUCAAAGGCAUAAAGCUGCAGUUAAUGAUUUUCAUGAGUUGCAAAAAGCAGUGGAAAGCUACUAUAGACAAAAAUCCAGAAUAUUAUGGCUUCAGGAAGGUGAUUUGAAUACUGGUUUUUUUCAUAAAACUAUGAAGAUUAGGCACAAUAGGAACACUAUAAAGCUCUUAUACAGUGAGAAUGGUGACAGACUGGAUACUUACGAGGCCAUUCGAGAUGAGGCAGUGAACUAUUACAAAAGUUUCCUGGGGAAGAAAGAUUUUAAUAUUUCUGGCUGUUCAGUUGAUAUUUUGCAGGAUAUUUUACAAAAUAGUCUAUCAGAAGAGAUGGCUAAGAAGAUUAUUGAACCAGUGACUGCCCAAGAAAUUAAAACCACUUUCUUUAGCCUCAAUAGUCACAAGGCCCCUGGACCAGAUGGCUAUUCUGCUCAUUUUUCAAGGAAGCUUGGCAUAUUGUGGGAACUUGUAUGUGGGUAUCAUAGGCCUAAUAUGUCUCCUAGGUGUGCCCUUAAGAUAGAUCUCAAGAAAGCUUUUGAUACUCUUGACUGGGAUUUUAUUCUGAAUAUUUUCAAGGCUCUUAAGUUCCCUGAUCUUUUUAUAAAGUGGAUUUCUGCCUGUAUAACUUAUCCUAAGUUCUCAGUCUCUGUUAAUGGGGGUUUGGAGGGUUAUUUCUCUGGUGCAAGGGGUGUGAGGCAAGCUCAUGGUGUUUUUAGUUUCCACCCCAAAUGUAAGAAGAUUGACUUAACCCAUUUGAGUUUUGUUGAUGAUCUACUUAUCUUCACCAAGGGUAACAUUCUAUCUAUUUUGGGCAUCAAGAACUUGCUUGAAUUGUUUUAUCAGUUUUCUAGCCUUUCCAUGAAUUGUUCGAAAAGUGAGAUCUUUUAUUCUGGUAUAUCCGACGAAAGUAUGGAGGAAAUACAAGUUGCAACAGUGUUUAGAGUGGGGCAAUUACUUGUGAGAUACUUGGGUGUUCCCUUGGUAACCAAAAGCUUGAAUGUAAGAGAUUGUAUGCCUUUGGUCGAAAGGAUUACUCAAAGAGUUCAAUCUUGGGCAGCUAGAAAUGUUUCUUAUGCUGUGAUUGAUAAAAUUAGCCAGAUCUGUGCUAGUUACUUAUGGAAAGGUAAGGAGGGAAGUAGUCGAGGAGCCAAGGUUAGCUGGGAGUCCAUUUACCUCCCAAAAUCUGAAGGUUCUGUUUGGAUCUCUUGGGUCUCUGCUUAUAUCUUGAAAGGUAGGGACAUCAUGUUUAUCCCCUCUCUGCCAAGAUAUAGUUGGGCUUUUAAGAAGCUUCUUAGUUUGAGAAUCUUGGUGAAUACACUGCAAGAUAAUGGCGAGUGGCAUUUCCCGGGUGGUAAGUAUAAGAUAAUGGUUUAUGAUAGUUUGAAGCAUAGACAGAACAAAGUUGAAUGGAAAAAGCAAGCUGGUGACUGGUUUGCUGAAUAUAAUUGGGCAAUGCAGGGCUUUAAAGGCAAAUCCCUCCUUACUACUAUUUUGAAACUUGCUUGGACAUCUUUCUGUUACUAUAUUUGGUUGGAAAGAAAUGCUCGACUCUAUGGUAAGUCACCAAGUUCUGAAGAUGUUAUUUUUGGCCACAUCCAGGAUGCCAUCAGAUUUAAACUUCAUGGUCUCACUAGAGUAGGUGAUGACUUUAUCAAUAGGCGCUUAUGUGCUAGUUGGAAUAUUGUUAUUCCUAGUUUUUGUAACUAG